GGCCAUGGGCAACCUGAAGAGCGUGGGCCAGGAGUCUGGUCCGCCUUGUGGCCUGGGGCUGGGGCUUUGUAGCAAGCAAGCGGGGACUCCAGGAUCUGAGCACGGGGGGUCUGCUCCUGGGCCGGGACUGGGGCCGGGACCACUACCUGGGCCUGAUGGCAGCCCCCCGUUGACCCGGCCCCCUGAAGCCCCUCGGUUUUCGCGGGUGAAGAACUGGGAAGUGGGGAGCAUCACCUAUGACACCUUGAGUGCCCAGGCCCAGAUGGAUGGGCCCUGUACCCCCCGCCGCUGCCUGGGCUCCGUCGUAUUUCCACGGCAAUUCCAGAGUCGUCCCUCAGUGGGACCCCCGCCCCCUGCCCAGCUGCUGACCCAGGCCCGAGAUUUCAUCAACCAGUACUACAGCUCCAUUAAGAGGAGCGGGUCCCCGGCCCAUGAGCAGCGCCUGCAGGAGCUGAAGAGCGAGGUGGAGGCCACGGGGACUUACCAGCUGCGGGAGAGCGAGCUCGUGUUUGGAGCCAAGCAGGCCUGGCGCAAUGCCUCUCGCUGUGUGGGCAGGAUCCAGUGGGGAAAGCUGCAGGUGUUUGAUGCCCGGGACUGUCGCUCGGCCCAGGAGAUGUUCACUUACAUCUGCAACCACAUCAAAUACGCCACUAACCGGGGCAAUUUACGGUCUGCCAUCACAGUGUUCCCCCAGCGCGCUCCGGGCCGUGGGGAUUUUCGCAUCUGGAACAGCCAGCUGGUACGCUAUGCGGGCUACCGGCAGCAGGACGGCUCUGUGCAGGGUGACCCGGCCAACGUGGAAAUCACAGAGCUCUGUGUCCAGCAUGGCUGGACGCCAGGAGGUGGGCGCUUUGAUGUGCUGCCCCUACUGCUCCAGGCUCCAGACGACCCACCCGAACUCUUCCCCAUCCCACCUGAGCUGGUGCUCGAAGUGCCCCUGCAGCACCCCACGAUGGAGUGGUUCCAGGCCCUGGGCCUGCGCUGGUACGCCCUCCCGGCCGUGGCCAACAUGCUGCUGGAGAUCGGGGGGCUGGAGUUCCCCGCCGCCCCCUUCAGCGGCUGGUACAUGAGCAGCGAGAUCGGCAUGAGGAACCUGUGCGACCCCCACAGAUACAACAUCCUUGAGGAUGUGGCCGUCUGCAUGGACCUGGACACCAGGACGACCUCAUCUCUGUGGAAGGACAGAGCGGCCGUGGAGAUCAACCUGGCUGUGCUCCACAGCUACCAGCUGGCCAAGGUGACCAUCGUGGACCACCACGCGGCCACGGCCUCCUUCAUGAAGCACCUGGAGAACGAGCAGCGGGCACGGGGAGGCUGCCCCGCUGACUGGGCCUGGAUCGUGCCUCCGCUCUCUGGCAGCCUCACACCGGUCUUCCACCAGGAGAUGGUCAACUACCUCCUGUCUCCGGCCUUCCGCUACCAGCCAGACCCCUGGAAAGGAAAUGCGAGCAAAGGAGCCGGCAUUACAAGGAAGAAAACGUUUAAGGAAGUAGCCAAUGCGGUGAAGAUCUCGGCCUCGCUGAUGGGCACAGUGAUGGCGAAGCGGGUGAAGGCGACAAUCCUCUACGGCUCGGAGACCGGCCGUGCCCAGAGCUACGCCCAGCAGCUGGGGAGGCUGUUCCGGAAAGCCUUCGACCCCCGGGUGCUUUGCAUGGAUGAGUUUGACGUGGUAUCCCUGGAGCACGAGACCCUGGUGGUGGUGGUGACGAGUACGUUUGGAAACGGAGAUCCUCCGGAGAAUGGAGAGAGCUUCGCCGCUGCCCUGAUGGAGAUGUCCGGGCCUUACAAUAACUCGCCCCGGCCGGAGCAGCACAAGAGUUACAAGAUUCGCUUCAACAGUGUGUCCUGCUCAGACACACUCGUCACUUCCUGGAGGAGGAAGAGGAAGGAGUCGAGCAACACGGACAGUGCAGGGGCCCUGGGGACCCUCAGGUUCUGCGUGUUUGGGUUGGGGUCCCGAGCAUACCCCCACUUCUGUGCCUUCGCCCGGGCGGUGGACACGCGGCUGGAGGAGCUGGGGGGCGAGCGGCUGCUGCAGCUGGGCCAGGGAGAUGAGCUGUGCGGCCAGGAGGAGGCCUUCAGGGGCUGGGCCCAAGCCGCCUUCCGGGCGGCCUGCGAUACCUUCUGUGUGGGGGACGACGCGGAGGCCGCCGCCCGCGACAUUUUCAGCCCCAAGCGAAGCUGGAAGCGGCAGAGAUACCGUCUGAGCACCCAGGCUGAUGGGCUGCAGCUGUUGCCAGGGCUGGCCCACGUGCACAGACGCAAGGUGGUCCCGGCCACCAUCCUCUCCGUGGAAAAUCUGCAAAGCAGCAAGUCCACCCGGGCCACGAUCUUGGUGCGGCUGGCCACGGGGGAUCAGGAGGGACUCCAGUACCAGCCCGGGGACCACUUGGGGGUCUGCCCUCCCAACCGGCCCGGCCUCGUGGAGGCUCUGCUGAGCCGCGUGGAGGACCCACCCCCCUCCACAGAGCCCAUCGCCGUGGAACAACUGGAGAAGGGCAGCAAGGGUGACCCUCCCGCGGGCUGGGUGCGGGACCCCCGACUCCCGCCCUGCACGCUGCGCCAGGCCCUGACAUACUUCUUGGACAUCACGUCCCCACCCGGGCCCCGGCUCCUGCGUCUGCUCAGCACCUUGGCCGAGGACCCCGCCGAGCAGCACGAGCUGGAGACGCUCAGCCAGGACGCUCGGCACUACGAGGAGUGGAAGUGGUUCCGCUGCCCGACGCUUCUGGAGGUGCUGGAGCAGUUCCCGUCCAUCGCCCUGCCGGCCCCGCUGCUCCUCACCCAGUUACCCCUGCUGCAGCCGCGCUACUACUCGGUCAGCUCGGCCCCCAGCGCCUACCCCGGGGAGAUCCACCUCACCGUGGCCGUCCUGGCCUACCGGACGCAGGACGGGCUGGGUCCCCUGCACUAUGGGGUCUGCUCCACAUGGCUGAACCAGCUGAAGGCCGGAGACUCGGUGCCCUGCUUCAUACGGGGGGCCCCGUCCUUCCGGCUGCCGCCCAAUCCCGAGGUCCCCUGCAUCCUGGUGGGCCCCGGCACUGGCAUCGCUCCCUUCCGGGGCUUCUGGCAGGAGCGGCUGCACGACCUGGAGAGCAAAGGGCUGCACCCCGCCCCCAUGACCCUGGUGUUUGGCUGCCGCUGCUCCCAGCUCGACCACCUGUACCGCGAGGAGGUACAGGAGGCCCAGCAGCGCGGAGUCUUCGGCCGCGUCCUCACCGCCUUCUCCAGGGAGCCGGACCGCCCCAAGAGGUAUGUGCAGGACGUGCUGCUGGCCGAGCUGGCCCCGGAUGUCUACCGCGUGCUCUGCCUCGAGGGCGGCCACAUGUUCGUCUGCGGCGACGUCACCAUGGCAACCAGCGUCUUGCAAACGGUCCAGCGCAUCUUGGCGACCGAGGGCGGCAUGGAGAUGGGGGAGGCCGGGGACGUCAUCGGGCUGCUGCGGGACCAGCAGCGCUACCACGAGGAUAUUUUCGGCCUGACUCUGCGCACGCAGGAGGUGACGAGCCGCAUCCGUACCCAGAGCUUCUCCCUACAAGAGCGUCAAGCACGGGGAGCUGCGCCCUGGGCCCUGACCCCCUCCAGCUCCGACGCCCUCGAGACCCCCGGUACCUGAGACCCCACUCCACCCUGAGAGCCCCCGAGAACCCAGCCUCGUCCCAAGACCCCUCCAGACUCCCAGUUCUGCCCGGCCAACUCAAUAAAGCCUCUAGUUUUGAUAGA